UAGCUGUGUAGCAUUUAUCCAAGCCCAUUAUAAGUUAAAAGGUUCAUAAUUGUGUAUUCUACUUUAUCUAACUGCUUGGCCCAAACGCACACUACAACGGUCACAAGUUCAACCACAAUGGACGCUGAAAUUCCAAACUCAAGCUCCGGCCAGCGUUACAGCGACCGGAUAAAGCUAAACGUAGGAGGCAAACUCUUCGAAACAACAGUUUCAACGCUUGCAUCAGGCGGUCCAGAUUCUCUCUUAGCCACUCUCUCUACACGCGCCGCUCCAGACCCUAUUUUCAUCGAUCGCGAUCCAGAGAUAUUCUCUGUUCUCCUUUCUCUACUCCGCUCCGAUCGCAUCCCUUCCACCGCCACUCGCUUCUCUAAACAAGAACUCGCCGAUGAAGCUCUCUAUUACGGCAUCGAAUCUCACCUUAAAUCAGCCAUGUCUCCUCCUCCUCUGUCCGGCAUCGACGCCUCUCUUGUCACCACUCUCCGCCCCGCCUCUGAUGGUUUUCCCUCCGCAUUCACCGCCGACUCCGAUGGCUCUAUCUGGAUAGCUCACGGAGGUCAGAUUUCAGCUUAUGAUUGGAAUUUAAGUCAUUCUUCCACUAUCCGUACACACCUCGACGAUAUCACCUCAAUCCGCCGUGUAGCGGCGGAUAUAGCCGCCGUUGGAUCUGACUCCGCCGCUGGUCUUCAUUUUUAUGAUUUUUGUGGUUCUCGUCACCUCGGGUCAACUCAGUGGACCGACCGGACCGAUCCGAGAAUUUACAAAGCUAGGGUUUGUUCGAUUGCUGACUCAGCAAAUCAGGUUUUUGCAUCAUUUGAUUGUCAACAUAGAGAGAAUUGUAUAUUAGUGAUAGAUAAAUCAACGCUCCAGAUCGUUUCGGAGAUUGCGAGACAAUUUGGAAGCUCAUCGAAGAAUACAGUCCCAACGAAGCUGACGUGGCUUUCCAAUAAUAGCGUGAUUAUUGGAUCGGCAGUUACAAGUGGGGCGUUUGGGUAUUCUGGUUAUAUUAGAAUAUGGGACCCUCGGAGUAAUGAUGUGGUGUGGGAAACGAAUGAGCCCGGCUCAGGUCGGAGUAGUAGAUUUGGUGAUUCGUUUGCUGACGUGGAUGUUGACGUGGAGAAUUCGUGUUUGUUCAAGAUUUGUUCCAAGUCUGGUGAUUUGGCAGUGGCAGAUUUGCGCAAACUAGAAGAAGAUCCGUGGGUGUAUAUGGAAGACAAAAAUCCUAGCAUGAAAUUUAGUGGUGGGCUAAUGGAGAGUGUGAUACAUUGUUAUAGGAGUCAAGUUUUUGUAGGAAGAGAAGGGUCUCUUGAAGUUUGGUCAAAGGUUGUGGAGAAAGAACGUGAGAGUUUUAUCAGUGAGGGAUUGUAUAGAAGGAAUUUUGUGGAUAAAGUGAAGGAUUCUGAGAGAGGGAUAAUUAGGAAGAUUGAAGGAGGUGGGAAUAGAUUGUUUGUUAGCAGAGAAGAUGUCGAGGGUAUUGAGGUUUGGGAAAGUUCUUAUUUUUCUGGUGCAGUCUCAGUUUUGUGACACUUAAAAUUUAGCAAUAUUGGUGUUUAGAAUCUUGUCAACUUGUUUGUUGUAUAAGUAAUUGAAUUUGGGGUUAUUACAGUCUGAGGCAGGCAGGUGAGAAAUAUUGAUCCUAACGAUCUCAUUUGAAACAACCUCGGCUGGACUAUUGACACUGUAUACCACUCCUCCCAAACAUAAUUUUCAAUUAAAGCUUGUUAUCGUUUA